UAGCAAUGUACAAAAAUAAAGUGACGUUCUAACACCUGACUUUCCUUACAAAAAUUUAAUUUCCUUUAAAUACGAACACAAAUCAUAUAUAUUUUAAAAUAAUUCGUUCUUGGACAGAUCGUCUCAAAUGGCUGCAAGAAUGGCUAAAGAUAGCUGUUUAUGUUUUCACCUACAUACAUAUACACUCAUUUCUGAUUACCGUAGUAUGCCGAAAGAUACAGCGGGAAGCAAUAUAUUUGUUUUUAAGUAAAAGCUUUCGUACACAAUUGGGAAGAUUUUGGAUAGUAAUUUAUUUUUAUUGUGCAAACAAAAGUUCUGAAAAUACAGAUACAAAUCGAUUGUAUUUUGAACCUCUCAAAGCAGAGAAACAAAAAAAUAAAUGAAAUCUAGGUUCCGAAAUAUUCAAGUUUAAAAACAGCACAGAUUGCAGCCAGCAUGCAUUUGCAGGAGUACCUCAGAAACGACGAAAAUGCAGCCGCACCCGACGAUGGAAAUCAAUCAUGUCAGCCUUCUUCCAACCAGGAUCAUUACCUAAUUCCUAACCGUAAUUGCCAAAAGAACCUGUUAAGGCUUCACCCGCCACCCCCAUCUAAACCACCGCCGCUUGUUGGUGCCAUCCUGCAAACCCGUCUUCUGCAUCAGAUAAACUCAGCCGCGUUUGCAGAUACGGAUGCAGACUUGAAUGCAAUACAGGAGUGUCGGUACCCAAAUGUCCUGCAGCGGUCAGCAACUUUGCCAGCAAAAAACAACCGCUUAGGGGUUCGAAGCCGCGUGACCUUUAAGGUCCCAACGUCCAACCACCCUGCUCACGAUUCAGAUUUUCAUCUACCCCAAACUCAGGUUGCAGUCGCCGGAAAGGCCAGAAUAUUGGUAGAAGCCAAGGAUAAGGAGUCCGUCAAAAUGACGUCCGAGGAUUUGCUGCAGCCAGGUCAUGUUGUAAAGGAGCGAUGGAAGGUAGUCCGUAAAAUUGGUGGAGGCGGCUUUGGAGAGAUAUACGAGGGUCAAGAUCUAAUUACCCGUGAACAAGUCGCACUUAAAGUGGAGUCCGCCCGCCAGCCCAAACAGGUGCUCAAAAUGGAAGUCGCAGUUCUUAAGAAAUUGCAGGGCAAGGAGCACGUAUGUCGAUUCAUCGGAUGCGGGCGGAAUGAUCGAUUUAACUACGUGGUGAUGCAGCUUCAAGGAAAGAAUUUAGCUGAACUCCGUCGAGCUCAGCCGCGAGGCGCCUUUUCGCUUAGUACAACACUUAGGUUAGGGUUACAAAUUUUAAAGGCCAUUGAAUCCAUUCAUUCAGUGGGAUUUCUUCAUCGUGAUAUUAAACCGAGCAAUUUUUCUGUGGGUCGUUUGCCUUAUAAUUGUCGACGUGUCUAUAUGCUUGACUUUGGAUUGGCGCGUCAGUAUACCACUGGCACAGGGGAAGUGCGGUGUCCAAGAGCUGCUGCCGGUUUUCGUGGUACGGUUCGUUAUGCUUCUAUUAAUGCACACCGAAAUAGAGAAAUGGGACGCCAUGAUGAUCUGUGGUCAUUGUUUUAUAUGCUCGUUGAGUUUGUAAAUGGACAAUUGCCAUGGCGAAAAAUAAAAGACAAGGAGCAAGUUGGGUUGACAAAGGAAAAAUAUGACCACCGAAUAUUGUUAAAGCAUUUGCCUUCAGAUUUGAAGCAAUUUCUGGAGCACAUUCAAUCGCUUACAUAUGCAGACCGCCCGGACUACGCGAUGCUUAUCGGUUUGUUUGAGAGGUGUAUGAAAAGACGUGGCGUCAAAGAGUCGGAUCCAUAUGAUUGGGAAAAAGUGGAUUCCACGGCGAUUGGAAACAUAAGUGCAACAAGCAACCCAUCAAUUCCUAUAAAAAACGAUUACAUGCACGGAAAUAUUACACAAAUGACUGUGGCAGCAUCUAACGCAAGUGGCACAGAUUACGCACGGAAGCGAGCUGAAAUCGAAACCGCCCAUAUUACAGCGACCGAUCCCCUUAAUAUAAAAGAAAAAGUUGAUAAAAACUGCAAUGCAACUUCACUAGCAACUCCAGCAAAAGGAUCUGGUGACGCCAUCGUACCACAUGGUAAUACUGCAAAUAAUCAAAAUAUCACAACAAAAAGACUGCAACAGCAGUCUACAUUAACCACAAAUUCCCAAGUAGCCAUACCAAAUAUCCAAGUGCACCAAAGGGAGGAUGUACAGUAUACAAAGUUGGAAGAGAGGGCACCGACAAAAUUGUUACCAAUGAAACCUAAUGGAGAGUGUGAUAAUAUAGUUGAUAUUGCUGGAAAAUGUAUAUUUGAACAAAAACAUUUAGAAUCAAAUGAUACUGAGAUAGCUGGCAGAGCUUACUUGAGCGGGGUCGAACAGCAUCAAAAGUCUCAAAUAAAAAAAUAUAAUUCACCUGAGAUAACCAAUAAGCAGUCACAGAGACCUGGGACAGUAACACACGAAAAGACCUCUGAGGCCAAUCGGUCAGCGGAGGAACAAAAAUCAACAUUUGGGCGACUACGUGUGCUCACAGCCCCGCCAAUGAGUGUACAUGAUCUAACAGCGGGUGGAGGUCAUGGCCAGCAAGUGUCGGAUUUAUCAGGAAAACAAGAUCAAUGUACUGCCAGCACCAAUGCUGCUCCAAUAGGUGGAAGCAGCUCGUCCACAAAAUUUUGCACCCAGCAUGUUCAAAUUUUUGGAAUGGCAGCCAUGCCGCCGAUUAAUCGCCGUUCUGCAACAUCCACCAAUUUACGCCCAUCUUCCUCUGGAGUAAAUACCAAUUCAAGUCAAAGGAUAAACUGUGGAUCGACAGUUAGUGGAGGAGUUGGUACCGGAAGCAACACUGCCAGAAGCAGCGUUGCAGGUGAUCAUUCGGUCACUCAAUUUGCUUUAAUAGACGACGAGAACGUUUCUGCUUUGCAACAAGUAACCAAAGGAGGAGCUCUCACGUUGGCAUCGCAAUGGAAGAGUCAGUUCGAUGACUCUGAGGAUACUACUGAUAACGAAUGGAAUAGAGAACACCAGUUGCAACCCAAUUUGGAGCAAUUGAUUAAACUGGAUAUAUCAUUGCCCCUAAAUGAAGCCAAACCAUUUGCGAAACAUGUCGUCGCUGAUACAAGCAAAUCAACAAAUCUUCCAGUCCAAGCAAUGGAAAGACCGAAGAGGUACACACUGAAUAUAAAAGGAAUUGAGAAUUAUGAAGCUUUAAGAAUCUCCAUACCAAACUGCUGGUCCGAGCCUGCAAUGGGUAGUGUAUUACGAAAGAGCUUGGAGCCUCCGGCUGUGCAACAAGCCGCAUUUGAUGACACAGUAUAUCGCAUGGAUAUUGCGAGGAAUGUCUGCGUGCGAGAAACAUAUUCGGAAAGCACUCAUUUAGCUAAGGCUAAGCCUACCACUUCGUUGGUUUUAAGGAAUAUGCUACCAUCUCCUUUUAAAAAGGAUUCAGCAUUUCACUUAAAUAAUACUAAUGACAGUCAUGAUAAAUCGAAACAUCGAAGCAGCCUUCCCAAUGUUUCAGUUAACGAUAUUUUUGAUGACCAACUAGUGCAAUCGAAUUCCGAUGCAAUGCUUGCUGAGGACGCUAAAAUGCCCUGGCGAGUACAGACAAAGACAUGCCAAAGAAAUUUGGGUUUAGGAUCAGCGAUCCAGGAAAACAACUGUUGCAUUAGUGGGCGACUAGAAAUUCGUGUUAUCCCUAAAGAAACCUCUCAUCCGGAUGAUUCUGUUUACUAUGAUGCAAUGGGAGCUGUUAAAAAUACUCAAACCGCUAAUGAAAGACAAAACCAUUCUGAUCCAGUCGUUAUAAACAGUGAUGAAAUGGAGGCAAUUAGUAAAAGUAUGAAACCACCCGACAAGGACACAACCGAAGAGCGAAUCGGAGCUAGUUUAUGUAGCCUAUAUUCUACCGGGGGAAAUAAACUAAAGUUAAAUGGAAACAUUCUAAUGAGCAACAUAAUAAGUGAUCAUGAAAAUAGCAGCGCAGCUGUCCCCAAAACUCAACUUACAAAAGGCAGCAAUGACGGUUUCGGAGAGAAUGAGUCAGGAUGUGAUCUACCGCUACUGAAUCCAAGCAAAAUUCCAGUACGCCAAUCAAAAUGUGCAUCUUGGGCAGGUUCUGAUUUUAUAAAUGCAUCUAAGACACUUGAGUCCGUUGAAGUUCCACAGGAAGUCCCUUACCAUCCACAGUCUGACACGCCAGAUUCAGUAAUGGAUAUUAUACCUGUUCGAAAAACCACUUACUCCAUUGCUUUAGAAUAUCCUCCUAAUAUAACGGAUCUUACACCAGGCUUACGUCGGCGUAGGGAAUCAACUGAAGGAAAGUAUGUCACGGACCCAACACAAUUGCCAUUAAAAUUCCAAAGACCUCGAUCUCGAACUUCUAGCAGAACCCGUGGCAUUCCAAAUGCAAUGUUUGAAAAUUCUGAUGAUAACUGCACUGUAAUAAACGCAGAAAAAACUGGACAUGAUGGACUUCAUGUCGUAAAAAUAGAAGAACUAAAUAAUUUUACAACCAAAGAAUAUUCUUCUGAGCUACACCCUAAAUGCACCAUUUUACCACCACCGGGUGCUCCAAAAACUGAAAAUAGUGCGCGACUUCGUCGUUACAGGCAUAAUUUAGAAUAAUCAAAUAACUCCAGGCUAAAUUAAAUAUGGUGGCUAAAUUCUAAAACUGAUUUAGUUUAUUUUUGGACUGCUGUGUGACGAACAAUAGCAUUCAUAUCUUUAUUGUGAGUCAAUAUUUUGUUGUACUUAGAAACAAAAGUUCUUAUUUUUGCCAUUUACAAUAGAAAAUGUAUAUUAUCCGAAAGUAAAUACAAUGGAUUUUAAAAGCGUUCGCAAAUAACACCUGGAUUUCAUCAAAUUCUAACCUACAAUUUUUUUGUCUAGCUCCUAAAUCGCCUUUUGUAAUUGGUUCACAUGCGUAUUGGUUCAGAAAAUGUUGUUUUGGUGCUGAAUGUUGAGAUUCUAAUCUCUCUCUUGACAUCUAGGGCGGUUAAAUGGCAUAGUCUUCCGGUUUAAUAAAACUAACUUUUUAAGUGCUCUAUACCGAAGUGUAUGCCGAUUAUUCUUAGCAUAUUAUUUCGAUUGGGUCCGUUCCAACUUAAAUACUACAUGCUAAAAAAAUAAGAGUUAUUUAUGUUAACAAACGGACAGAUAUGGCUAGAUCGACUCUGUUGAUGAAUAUAUAUAUACCUUAAGGGGAGACGUCAAUUUCAUCGUUGUAACUCAAUUUAGAUAUUUAAAAAGAUAACUUUUGUUUUUCAAAUGACAGUGUAACCCAGCGGCAGUUUCGUUAAUAUGUACUGUGGGUAUUUAUUUCAUUUAAAUAUAAUUUGUCAUCGAGCUUAUUUAUGAUUUCAUAAAAUAAAAAGCCAUCAAAUAAUUAUAAAUCCCAAAACUUAUGUUGAAUGUUUAUAUGUACAAGAUAAGAACUAUAAAAACACAAAUAUUGGAUGCCUCUACCAAUUUCUCUACUAAAUAAAUUAAAAUAUCGUAAAUUAAAAGCCAUGGAGUAGGACACAUUGUCGUACUUAACUGAAAAUUUAGUAAUAGCCAAUUUUCAUUUAUAUUUAAUAACCACCUCUCACUAAUAAAAUGCGUUAAGUUUUUCAAUAUAUACUUUGUUAUUAGUUGUACAGCCAAUGAUCCCGGCGUAAUUUUCAUUUCGGGAAUUUGUGUGUCCUGAACCUCAAAAGUGAUUU